GUUUUCACCGAUUUAUAUAUACCUACUUUAGCAUUGAUCAAGUUCUUUAAUAAUAUUGUAUAUUUAUUGUUCGUGUGGAGAGUUUGACUAGAAUUUUAAAGUGUUUGUGUAAAGUGUACGUUUUGUGUUUUUUAAAUUAUUAAAAAAUGUCUGAAGAUUGCCCUUUUGAUUGCCCGGAAUCUCAGUUAGCGAGAGAGCAAAUAAGAGAGAAUAAAAAAAAAGGUCGAAGAAAAUGGAAAGGGGGUAGAAGAGUAGUUUUUCAACUUCCAGAAUUGAUAGAUCGUAUAAGUACUUUCAAUAUGUCUGGGAAAUUGGAAAUUCAGUGGUCUCCGAUAUCACACAAGUUUAUUACUUGGGGUGCAGAAAUGUCUCUCUAUCAAGUUCAACCUCUUACAGAAGAGUUACCACCUACAGCUUUUAAAGUAUCUGAUACACAUUAUGCUCAAGUUUUAACAACAAAUACAAAUCACCAUUUUGUGAGAAGUAUUGAUAUUUAUCCGAAAUGUGAAACAGACUUGUUAUUAGCCAUUGGAUUGGCAAAUGGAAGAGUGGCCUUGACUACUUUUGGUCCUUCUGAACAUGAUGCUACUGGUUUUCCAGGAAAAGAGUUAGUGCCUAGACAUAGCCGUCACUGCAAUGCAGUACAGUUCAACCCAACUGAACAUAACUUAAUUGCUGCUGGACUUGAUAAAUACAGAUCUGAUAACUCCAUUCUUAUAUGGGAUAUUAAUAAAUUUAAUAGCAAUAAUGAAGCAAGCCAUUCAGGUAGAAUGGCUGUAAACACCAUGGCACCUGCAGUUGAGUUGGUAAAGCCAAUAGCAGAAUUUGCACCGUCGGAGGUAACUUAUAGUUUAGCCUGGUUUUAUGGCUCAAGUAAACUGUUGGCCUCAGGAAUGAAUGGGAAGAAUAUUAAGAUCUUUGAUUUAAGAGAUCCUAAUAAAAUGGUAAAUUCAACAUCUACCAAGGGCGUUUUUAAUGUAUGCACAAAUCCAAAUGAUGAUACACACUUGGCUUCUUUUUAUGACAAUCAAAUAUGUCUUUGGGAUAUGAGGAAUUUUGAAAAACCCAUUGUUUUUAUACCUCAAAACAAACCCGUUGUUAAAAUCGAAUGGUGUCCAACUAAAUAUAGUUCUCUCGCUUCACUUCAGCGUGACAGUUCUGUCAUCAAUUUAUAUGAUAUCAAGCAGACAGUGGUUAGUACUGACGAACUUGAACCUAAUGUCAUGGAACGAAUUGUUACACCUGGCUCUCCUCAUAAUAUAACUUCAUUUUCUUGGCAUGCAACAGACGAAAAUCGACUUCUGACCAUAGCUGUAUCAGGUUCAAUUAAAGACUAUACAGUUUUCGAUAGAAUAACUGUUAAUUGGUCUACUACGACUAUCGUAUGGUCGCAUGGUCGGAAAACUCUUUCAUACAUAAAUGAUGCCUUUGUAGAUGACAUUUCCUCGCAUAUAAAAGAUAGAGCCAAGAAGCGAUAUGGAGUACAGGAAGAGUUUGCUAAAAAUGCUGAAUUGGUUAAGGAUAACUUGUCCUUAGCGAAUGUUUGGAAUUGGCUCCAGUUAACAGUUAAAUUAGCAGAAGGGGGUAUGAUAAGAGAUACAGAAGAGAAACAUCCUGGUGUGUUAUCGGUAUUAUCCAAUAUUGAUCCAAAUCAGAAUAAAUCUGACAUUGUAACAAUGGCAUGGUGUGACUUAGGAUACCCAAACUGUCAAAGUUCGAUUGUGUUUUACAGGCAUGAAGAUAGGGACAAAGCACUGAGACUUUGCAGCUGGCCUUUGGAAAGAGACUCGCAAUAUUUGAUUGAUUUCAUAGAUCAUCUGGAAACGGCCAAAGCUUACACACGGGCAGCUACUAUAGCUGUAUUUAACCUGAAAUUGCAAUUGGCAAUCGAAAUUUUAAAUAGAGCCCCCAACGAUACUGAUUAUGGAUCCACUUUGAACGUCGUAGCUAUGGCUUUAUCAGGUUUUUCUGACGAACCUAACAGUAUGUGGAGGCAAAAUUGUUCGAUUUGUAUCAAUAAACUUAGUGACCCAUACUUGAAGGCCAUGUUCAGUUUUUUGACAGCUCUUGAUUAUAAUUAUGACGAUGUGUUGAACGAGAAAGGAAUAGCUGUAGAUGACAGAGUAGCAUUAGCUUCUCUGUAUCUACCAGAUGAAAAGUUAUUGGAUUAUAUGAAAAAGUUAGCUGAAGAACUAUGCAGUGAAGGAAAUUUGGAUGGACUCUUGGUUACAGGUAAUAGCGAUAGUGGCCUAAAGCUUUUGCAAAAGUAUUUAGACAAUACUGGCGACAUUCAGUCGACUACUGUAAUUGCAACUAGAGCAUUCCACGAUGAUUUGACUUCAGAAAUUGUUAAAAAUUGGAUCGAAAAUUACAGGGACCUUUUGAACAGUUGGAAAAUGUUCCAUGAGAGAGCAGAUUAUGAUAUAAUGUUGGCAGGUUUCUCCACGCAAAAGCCACCUCAACAAGUUUAUAUAUCUUGCAAUUUUUGCGGAAAGAGUAUAUCUGCUUAUUUGCAAAACAUGGAUAAAAGUAGAGGAGGACCACAACUCCACAAAACAACGACUACUAAAGCAAAGUUAUCAUCUUGUCCAAACUGUAGAAAACCUUUGCCAAGAUGCUGUAUUUGCCUGCAAUAUAUGGGUACCACCACAGGAGAACCUUCAGGCAGUAAAAUGACACCAUUUGAACUUUGGUUCACUUGGUGCCAAACUUGCAGACAUGGCGGUCAUGCAGGACAUUUGUCAAAAUGGUUUGAUGAACAUCAAGAAUGUCCCGUCAGUGGAUGCAAAUGUAAAUGUAUGGCCUUAGACGCAUUAGCUGGACAACCAUGAGACUCAUGAUGAAUUGAUAUUUUUUAUACGACGUAGAUAUAGUUAAUACCGACUGAUAGAGUUAAGAUUAUUCGUGUUCAUUUUCUUAUUGAAAUUUUUAUAUUCAUAUAAUAAACGAUUAUAAUAA